UGACCGCGCCGACCGCGGACUUCCUGUUUUCACAGCGGGACACUGACCCGUCGGGUUCCGUAGCUGAGACGCAGCUUCUGUCAGGUUCUGCCGAACCUCGCUGUAAAAUGCUGGAGCUCCACACGUUCGUGCUGCUCUGCUGCUCCGCGGCUCCGCUCUGGGCGGCACCGACCCGAAGCCACCUGCCGCCGGGCACAGCCAGGUUCUGGCACAUCACCGACCUCCACCUGGACCCCAGCUACCACCUGGGCCCGGAUCCCACCACGGUCUGCUUGUCGUCCAAAGGAGCGGCGGCCUCCGGCGCCGGCGUGUUCGGGGACUUCCUGUGCGACUCUCCGUUCAGCCUCAUCCGGUCCGCCUUCACCAGCAUGGCGGCGCUCACGCAGCCGCAGGACUUCAUCAUAUGGACCGGAGACAGCCCCCCUCACGUCCCUGUGGACAAACUCUCCACGGACGCGGUGGUGCAGGUGAUCGCUAACAUGACGCACACCCUCAGGCAGCACUUCCCCCAGCUCACCGUCUACCCGGCGCUGGGGAACCACGACUACUGGCCCCAGGACCAGAUGCCCGAUUCCACCAACGCCGUGUACGAAGCUGCUGCUGAGCUGUGGAAACCGUGGCUGCAGCCGGAAGCUCUGUCCACGCUGUCGCGAGGAGGCUUCUACUCGCAGCUGGCCCGGCCCGGCCUGCGCAUCCUGAGUCUCAACACCAUCCUGUACUACGGGCCCAACCGCGCCACCAGGAACGCGACGGACCCGGCUGGACAGUUCAAGUGGCUGGAGGCGACUCUGCAGGACGCGGCUCGGAACCAGGAGAAGGUUUACAUCAUCGCCCACGUUCCCGUGGGCUUCCUGCCGUUCGCCAGCGGCACCACCGCCAUGAGGGCCGGCGCCAACGAGCGGCUGGUCUCCGUCUUCAGGCGCUACAGCCACGUGAUCGCGGGGCAGUUCUACGGCCACACGCACCGCGACAGCGUCAUGGUGCUGCUGGACCGGCGAGGUGAAGCGGUGAGCUCGGCGUUCGUGGCCCCGGCGGUGACGCCCAUCAGGAACGUUCUGGAGGCGUAUUCCAACAACCCGGCCUUCAGAACCUACUGGUACCACACCGGAGACUACUCGCUGAGGGACGUCUGGCAGUACUUCUUGAACCUGACGGAAGCCAACCAGAAACAAAGGUCUGACUGGAGGCUGGAGUACGUCAUGAGCGAGGCCUUCGGGCUGACGGACCUGCAGCCACGCAGCCUGCUGCAGCUGGGCCUGAGCCUGCUGCCGGCCCCGUCCAGAACCUUCCCCACGUACUUCAGCCACUACAUGGUGGACUACGACCGCAGCAUCACGUGUGAGGGCGAGUGUCAGCUGCGGCAGGUGUGCGCCGUGCUCCACAUGGACCGGCCGUCCUACUCCAAGUGCGUCUCAGAGCGGCGAGCGGGUUUCUCUCAGCUCUGAUCACGACUCCUUGUGAUGAUUCCACUUGUUUAUCGAGGAUGAUCAAGGCGUUUGAGGGUCUCAUGAUUUGGUUGGACACACAGCUGCCUGAUUAGUGUGUUGAUCCACGUACUGUAUGAUUGUAUUAAUUGUGUAACCGGUUCUGGUUCCUGCUGUGCUGCUGCUUCUUCUGGGAUUUCCUCGUCUUUCAUUUGUUAAGUUGACUUUUACUGUGACGUUGCACUUUAUGACUUCAUCUGUCACUUUUUAAUGUACGUGUGUGUUUUUAAAGUCUGCUUUGCCUCAGAGCCAUCAAUCAAAACUGUAAAGCAUGGAAAUAUGAUUGUUGGGGUUUGAUACUGUUCUGUUUCAUGCGAUUGGAGCCGCAGCAUCAAAAUAAAACGUGAAGGGAGAAGCUGAA